UCCUACAAAAGAAACACUCAACAAAGAAAUGGAAUUUUACGAAACCGAGUCAUCAUCGGUACUGGAGAAUUCAUCGAAUAUUACAGAAGCCUUUAUGAAACUAAUCAAUAUUGAUAAAGCUUUACAUAAUAAAAUAUUACAAUAUGAGCCAGUGAAUAUUGACCAUUUGCGUUGUAUGUUGCAAACACAUGGAUUUAAAUGCAAGUUGCCUAAUCUCAUGAACUUUCUAGAUCAACAGUGUAUUACAUUUUAUUCACCAGAACAGAAUGCCAAGAGAAUUCGCAGAAAAGCAUAAUUCAUCGAUAUUUAUAAUUUCCUUAUAAUUAACAAAUUUGUAAAUAAAAUAUUU